AUGGGUACCGAGUCGGAAUAUACUAAUCAGCACCAAAGUAACAAAAUAUACAAAUGUCAUUGUUAUGACGUAGCUACCUUAGUGACAAGAAAGUUGGUUCCGGGGCUCGGAGAAACAGCGCCCAACUUCCCGACUCCGUGCUGCUGCAGCUGCAGCGUAGCUCUACCACGAAUUAUGGGUACCGAGUCGGAAUAUACUAAUCAGCACCAAAGUAACAAAAUAUACAAAUGUCAUUGUUAUGACGUAGCUACCUUAGUGACAAGAAAGUUGGUUCCGGGGCUCGGAGAAACAGCGCCCAACUUCCCGACUCCGUGCUGCUGCAGCUGCAGCGUAGCUCUAGCACGAAUUAUGGGUACCGAGUCGGAAUAUACUAAUCAGCACCAAAGUAACAAAAUAUACAAAUGUCAUUGUUAUGACGUAGCUACCUUAGUGACAAGAAAGUUGGUUCCGGGGCUCGGAGAAACAGCGCCCAACUUCCCGACUCCGUGCUGCUGCAGCUGCAGCGUAGCUCUAGCACGAAUUAUGGGUACCGAGUCGGAAUAUACUAAUCAGCACCAAAGUAACAAAAUAUACAAAUGUCAUUGUUAUGACGUAGCUACCUUAGUGACAAGAAAGUUGGUUCCGGGGCUCGGAGAAACAGCGCCCAACUUCCCGACUCCGUGCUGCUGCAGCUGCAGCGUAGCUCUACCACGAAUUAUGGGUACCGAGUCGGAAUAUACUAAUCAGCACCAAAGUAACAAAAUAUACAAAUGUCAUUGUUAUGACGUAGCUACCUUAGUGACAAGAAAGUUGGUUCCGGGGCUCGGAGAAACAGCGCCCAACUUCCCGACUCCGUGCUGCUGCAGCUGCAGCGUAGCUCUAGCACGAAUUAUGGGUACCGAGUCGGAAUAUACUAAUCAGCACCAAAGUAACAAAAUAUACAAAUGUCAUUGUUAUGACGUAGCUACCUUAGUGACAAGAAAGUUGGUUCCGGGGCUCGGAGAAACAGCGCCCAACUUCCCGACUCCGUGCUGCUGCAGCUGCAGCGUAGCUCUACCACGAAUUAUGGGUACCGAGUCGGAAUAUACUAAUCAGCACCAAAGUAACAAAAUAUACAAAUGUCAUUGUUAUGACGUAGCUACCUUACUGACAAGAAAGUUGGUUCCGGGGCUCGGAGAAACAGCGCCCAACUUCCCGACUCCGUGCUGCUGCAGCUGCAGCGUAGCUCUAGCACGAAUUAUGGGUACCGAGUCGGAAUAUACUAAUCAGCACCAAAGUAACAAAAUAUACAAAUGUCAUUGUUAUGACGUAGCUACCUUAGUGACAAGAAAGUUGGUUCCGGGGCUCGGAGAAACAGCGCCCAACUUCCCGACUCCGUGCUGCUGCAGCUGCAGCGUAGCUCUAGCACGAAUUAUGGGUACCGAGUCGGAAUAUACUAAUCAGCACCAAAGUAACAAAAUAUACAAAUGUCAUUGUUAUGACGUAGCUACCUUAGUGACAAGAAAGUUGGUUCCGGGGCUCGGAGAAACAGCGCCCAACUUCCCGACUCCGUGCUGCUGCAGCUGCAGCGUAGCUCUAGCACGAAUUAUGGGUACCGAGUCGGAAUAUACUAAUCAGCACCAAAGUAACAAAAUAUACAAAUGUCAUUGUUAUGACGUAGCUACCUUAGUGACAAGAAAGUUGGUUCCGGGGCUCGGAGAAACAGCGCCCAACUUCCCGACUCCGUGCUGCUGCAGCUGCAGCGUAGCUCUACCACGAAUUAUGGGUACCGAGUCGGAAUAUACUAAUCAGCACCAAAGUAACAAAAUAUACAAAUGUCAUUGUUAUGACGUAGCUACCUUAGUGACAAGAAAGUUGGUUCCGGGGCUCGGAGAAACAGCGCCCAACUUCCCGACUCCGUGCUGCUGCAGCUGCAGCGUAGCUCUACCACGAAUUAUGGGUACCGAGUCGGAAUAUACUAAUCAGCACCAAAGUAACAAAAUAUACAAAUGUCAUUGUUAUGACGUAGCUACCUUACUGACAAGAAAGUUGGUUCCGGGGCUCGGAGAAACAGCGCCCAACUUCCCGACUCCGUGCUGCUGCAGCUGCAGCGUAGCUCUACCACGAAUUAUGGGUACCGAGUCGGAAUAUACUAAUCAGCACCAAAGUAACAAAAUAUACAAAUGUCAUUGUUAUGACGUAGCUACCUUAGUGACAAGAAAGUUGGUUCCGGGGCUCGGAGAAACAGCGCCCAACUUCCCGACUCCGUGCUGCUGCAGCUGCAGCGUAGCUCUACCACGAAUUAUGGGUACCGAGUCGGAAUAUACUAAUCAGCACCAAAGUAACAAAAUAUACAAAUGUCAUUGUUAUGACGUAGCUACCUUACUGACAAGAAAGUUGGUUCCGGGGCUCGGAGAAACAGCGCCCAACUUCCCGACUCCGUGCUGCUGCAGCUGCAGCGUAGCUCUAGCACGAAUUAUGGGUACCGAGUCGGAAUAUACUAAUCAGCACCAAAGUAACAAAAUAUACAAAUGUCAUUGUUAUGACGUAGCUACCUUAGUGACAAGAAAGUUGGUUCCGGGGGCUCGGAGAAACAGCGCCCAACUUCCCGACUCCGUGCUGCUGCAGCUGCGGACGUAG